AUGCUUACGGGCGUACUCGUGGAUGUCUCAGGCUCAAUGAAGAAUAGUCUUCAGUCUAAUGUUACAGCGACAGAUCAACAAAUUACUCGCGCUGAAUCUAUAUUCCGAACGAUUAUGAAUAUAACCAAACGUGAAGUCAAUUGUUGCGAAGAGCAAGAGAUAUUCACAUUGGCAUUUGGUCUACAGGAUGUAUCUACAUGUGAUCUAUUAUCUUUACUGGAUUAUGUUAAAACGUUAAAUGAGCCAACUGAUGUCGAUGGUCAUGAAUCUUUGAUUCAGUUAUUAGCGAAUAAUGGAGCACCACGUGCUGGUGAAUACGUUAGAAAAUAUUUAACAAAAAAUGAAGCAUUGUUUCUUUACAAUUUUUAUUCUGAAGAUACACCUAAGUUGACGGAACUUGUCGAACGGCUACCGGUCGUAUGCAAAGAGACGCCUAAUCUGAUACAUGUUGCAUCGCAGGCUAGAUCGCAUGUCGAAUCGUCGAUCGACAGGCAGUUCGGAUCGACAUCGGAUACCGCGUGGUUGAUGAAAGCGUUCUUUAAAUACUACGUCUGUUCAGGGUUCGAAGUGAUAGCUGCAUUAUCUACCCCGAAAGAAACCGCACUGCAAGGUGGAUUGAAAGUCAUGGACAUUGGAUCGAAACUUGGAAUUUGUUCGGACUCGACUGAAGUUGAAAGAGAAGCUACUAGAGAACAAGCUAAUCGCGCGAUGAAAUAUGCAAGAAAUCAAAUUCGUAUACGCACUAUACCAAAACUGAGAGAGAUAUCAAGACCAGUAAAGAAAACUUUAGAGUCCACUAUCAAUUUACUACAAGAAGUUGCUGGCACAUCACCAUCGCAUAAUUCAUCUCAAACAAAAGAUAAUUUGUCAGCCGCGGAGCUCUCACUUCUUGUUGACUCUAUUGAACCAUAUAUCUAUGGGAAUACUCCCAUGUGUGAGGCACUGGAAUCAGCUCUCGAUAUGUUUCGUUCCGCCACUCACUCUCGUAAAGUCCUAUUUCUACUGUCCGAUGGAGAAGCAACAGAUGGAGAUCCUGUUCCGUUUGCUCAACAGCUUCGUGAGAACGGUGUCCUUGUUUUUAUUUGUCUGCUGACAUCUGAAAAUAUCCCUCAUCCAAAAGCCUUAUACUAUGAGCCGGAUCCACAAUGGACCGAAGCACAACGUGCUAUGUUCGAACUAAGUUCUACUGUAGAAAAUACUCACUCAGCAAUGUCAGUUCUCUUGGAACAAAAUUGGAAACUCGCUGCUGCUGGAAAAAGCCGUUUGUUCGUACAAGUGAAUCAUCCUACUAUGCUCGAUGAGUUUUCAAAUCUCGUUCGUCGUAUCACAGAGAGUAACGAUGCUUUAUUGAAUAUAUUCGGUCGUGUUUCAUUAGAUAUGUACAUAAAUAUAUCGAACUCUAGUUUUGAACCAAAACUGCAACAAGGCGGUACAUGCUAUGCCAACGCAGUUACGACUGUACUUCACUUAGCCAUGCGUCGAAUCGAAGGUCGAGAAGGUGGAACUCCCGAUUUUGAAGUGGUGCGUGGCCAGUUGAUAAAUGAAUAUGGUACAAAAGGUGCUAACACUGAAGGUGUCCUUAAUAAGUGGACUCGAGAAUAUCGCCUGCAAUAUAGAAAAGUUGAUGAACCCGAGGCUCGACAAGCUAUCAAUGCACGGCGUCCAGUGGUUACGAGAUUUUCUUUAUACAAGGAACAAUGGGAUGCUUUCAAUCGUUUUUACCGGAAUACACCACAAGGUAUUUUCGAAAUAAAUGACCUAGGUAUUCAUAGCUCGUUAACAAAUAAAGAUGGACACGCUGUAGUUCUAAUAAAAUGUGAUCCGGAAAGUUUGACGUUCAUGAACUCAUGGGGUACUUCUUUUGCAGAUAAAGGUUUUUUCAAAGUUCGGAAUCAAUCUGUGCUAGACUUAAAGUUUUAUGAUGUCUACUGGACUUUGAAUGAUUUGAAGAGCAGCGAAAUUGCGGCAUAUCAGUCUAAAACUAGAGAAAUUGGAGAAAGAAUCGCACGAAACUUACCACAAAGUGUUCAAACUUUGCCUUACGAAUGUCCUAAGUGUCAUCAAUGCUCACCAGCAGUCGAGUUCAUCGGUCAUCUAUGGGAAGCAACAUGUCCAAAAUGUAAUGAAAACUUUAAGCCUACUUCAUUAGGUCUCAUUUUGAACUCGUAUACGCAUUAG